AUGUGGCGAAGCAGUCUAACCAUAUCUGUCCAGGAUGGAGAGAACAUCACCCUGCUCUGUAACAUCACUAAUUAUUCUGAGAUAUCAUGGUAUCGACUGAGAUCUGAGGAGGUGAAGCUGCUGAUAUCUGCUGAAAAAGGGAGAGUGACAAAAACCUUUGACCUCAUUUAUAAUAUGAAUGAGAGUCACUUUGUUGUAACAGAAAGCAGCAGUUCAGUCAGUUUAGUGAUUAUUGGAGUUAGAGAGACAGAUCUGGGAUUUUAUUACUGCGGAGGUCGAAAUGACGCGAAACAUAUUCAGUUUGGGAAACUCAUCAGACUGAACUUUACAGAAGACCAACAUUGUGAGACUGACCAACAUCAUGAGACUGGUAACUCGUCUGCGCCUCUAGAUACCCAGCAGUCAGGAUCAGAGCUCUGGAUUACAGUGUGUGUGUGUCUGUGUGUCUCUGUCCUAAUAAACCUCAUCUGCUUCUAUAUGUUCUGCUGCAGGCUCAAAGGAAAGUCCGAAUUUUCAUGCAGUUGCUGCAGUAACACCACAGACGCCACUGAAAAGGAAGAAAAUGUGCAUUAUGCCAGUGUCCAACUCAAAAGUAGGUCCAGAGCAGCUGCUCAGAAAAACGCAGCAUCAGAUUCGGACGGUGUGACCUAUGCAACAGUCGCCUCACAGCCUCGGAGACACUGACCAGCACAAGGUGUCAUAAAUCUGUUAUUACAGCACAAUUAAAACUCUGUUGUUCCCUUUGGUUCUUUUCUUAAUUUGUUAAAAAAUAGAUUAUUUAGCUGAAUUCUUUAAAAUGAACUGUUUUGGACUAAAUAUUUGGAAUUAAUGCAUAAAUAUUACAAGAAUCGUCUAUUUAUUUAUUUAUUUAUUUA